CCCUCACUCUUCUUCUCCGGCGCGGUUUCUCCCCGCCAUUCCGGAACUCUCGCCGUGAUCGUUGAAACCCUCUUUUUGAAAGCUAGAUUUCACUCCCUUUUUGCUCUGCAAAGCUUGUUUCUUCAGUGAAUUUGGGGGUGUUAUUGAGGAAUCUGGAGUUCUGGGGGUGGUUUUGAGGAAUUCUAGGGUUUCGUGAUGAGUAGUUUGGUUGAAAGGCUUCGAGUGAGAUCGGAGAAGAGGCCGCUCUACAAUGACGGGGAGUCUGAUGAUGAUUUCGUUGCUCCGCCGAAGCCUAAGCCGGAGGACCAGAAGCCGGAGCGAAUUUUGAGGGAAGAUGCGAAGGAAGGUGCAUGCCAGUCUUGUGGUGAGAGUGGGGAAUCCAAGGAUCUUACGGGAUGUGCAACCUGCACAUAUGCUUUUCACCUAAAAUGUGUACUUCCUCCCCGUAAAACAUUUCCUUCUGAUUCUUGGAGUUGCCCUGAAUGUGUUAGCCCUUUGAAUGAAGUUGAAAAAAUUUUAGACUGUGAGAUGCGUCCCCCUACAUCAGAUGAAACUGACGCUUCAAAGACUGGUUCAAAACCAAAAUAUGCGAAGCACUAUCUUGUAAAAUGGAAGGGGUUGUCCUACCUUCAUUGUACAUGGGUGCAGGAGAAAGAAUUUUUGAAAGCUGGCAAGGCCAAUCCCCGGUUAAAGACUAAAUUGAAAAGCUUUAGUAAACAAAUGGAUGGCAUGGAUAACUCUGAGGAUGACUGGAUUGCUAUCAGGCCUGAAUGGACAACAGUUGAUAGAAUUAUUGCCUCCAGAAAAAUUGGUGAGGAACGGGAGUAUUUUGUCAAGUGGAAAGAACUUCCUUAUGAUGAAUGCUACUGGGAAAAUGAAUCAGACAUUUCUGCUUUUAAACCUGAAAUUGAAAGGUUUAAUAUGAUCCAAUCCAGGGGCCGUAAGAAAUUAUCUAACAAAAAUAAGGUGUCUAAUCGUGAUUCAAAUGAAUUGAAGCACAAUCAAAAAGAAUUUCAGCAGUAUGAGCAAACUCCUCAAUUUCUUUCAGGUGCAUUACAUCCUUAUCAGCUUGAGGGCUUAAAUUUUCUGCGCUAUUCUUGGUCCAAGAGUACACAUGUUAUCCUUGCAGAUGAGAUGGGUCUUGGAAAAACUAUUCAAAGCAUUGCCUUUCUUGCUUCACUUUUUGAAGAAAAGUUAACUCCUCAUUUGGUUGUGGCACCUCUUUCAACAUUGCGCAACUGGGAACGUGAAUUUGCAACUUGGGCACCACAAAUGAAUGUUGUAAUGUAUUUUGGAUCUGCACAGGCUCGUGCUGUAAUCAGACAGUAUGAGUUCUUCUUUCCCAAAGACAAAAAGAAUCAGAAAAAAAAGAAAACUGUUAAAGGUGAUGAUAAAAAGAAGCAAUCAAGAGUCAAGUUUGAUGUUCUUUUGACAUCAUAUGAAAUGAUCAACAUGGAUUCAGUGUCCUUAAAACCUAUACAGUGGGAAUGCAUGAUAGUUGAUGAGGGCCACCGUCUCAAGAACAAAGACUCAAAAUUAUUUCUUCAACUACAACUUUACUCUACCAAUCAUCGUGUGCUUUUGACUGGCACUCCUCUUCAGAACAAUCUAGACGAGUUGUUCAUGCUCAUGCACUUUCUGGAUACUGGAAAGAUACAGGACAGCAAAACCACUCGAGUGUUAACUGUAAGAGGUAUCGGAGAAUCUUUAGACGUUUGUUCGGUUUUGAAGUGUCCAAUUAUACCUGGUCUUGCUGUCGCUAUUCAUGGUUAUAUGGGCCUAUUCUUCCAAAUUUUCGCCACCGUACAUGUUAAAGCGAGUGAACCCAAAGAGCCAGCAGAUGCCAAUGAAGGGUUAAGACAACUUUUGGACUUCUCUGGAAAAAUGCAGCUACUGGAUAAGAUGAUGGUGAAGCUUAAGGAGCAAGGUCAUCGUGUCCUUAUAUAUUCACAAUUUCAGCAUAUGCUUGACUUAUUGGAAGAUUACCUUAGCUACAAGAAAUGGAAUUAUGAGCGUAUUGAUGGGAAAGUCAGUGGAGCGGAAAGACAGAUUCGUAUUGAUCGCUUCAAUGCCAAAAAUUCGACAAGGUUUUGUUUUCUGCUCUCUACGAGGGCUGGGGGGCUGGGGAUUAAUCUCGCAACUGCUGAUACUGUUAUUAUAUAUGAUAGUGAUUGGAACCCACAUGCCGAUUUACAAGCUAUGGCCAGGGCUCAUCGGUUGGGCCAAACUAACAAGGUGAUGAUAUAUAGGCUCAUCACUCGUGGAACCAUUGAGGAAAGGAUGAUGCAGAUGACCAAGAAGAAAAUGAUCUUAGAACAUCUUGUCGUUGGUCGGCUCAAGGCACAAACAGUCAAUCAGGAGGAGUUGGAUGACAUUAUAAGGUAUGGUUCGAAAGAACUAUUUGCCGAUGAGAAUGAUGAGGCUGGAAAAGCACGCCAAAUUCACUAUGAUGAUGCUGCAAUUGAUAGGUUACUGAAUCGAGACCAAGUUGAUAAUGAGGAGGCUCCAUUGGAUGAUGAAGAUGAUGAUUUUCUGAAAGCUUUUAAAGUAUGCCCUACUUUUGCUCAAUUAUCUUUGUUGCCAACUCACAUGUCCUUUAUGCGUUUUUGCUAUAAUGUGGCAUUAUGAAAUUUUCAAUGUAAA